UUUUUGCUUAGUUUUCUUUCAAUCGUCUCUGCAGUUUGUGGGGCAAUACUUUCAUUUAUUCUACUAUUUCACCUUAAUUUAGGCAGCUUGGGUUUGCCGUUUACUCAUGGGUCAAGAAUCAUUUCGUUCAAUAACUCGUUCAUACUAUCGAGGAGCUGCUGGUGCUUUGCUUGUGUAUGACAUAACUCGGCGUGACACUUUCAAUCAUUUAACAUCUUGGUUAGAAGAUGCUCGUCAACAUUCAAAUUCUAAUAUGGUUAUUAUGUUGAUUGGCAAUAAAAGUGAUCUAGAAGCUCGCCGUGAAGUUAAACGUGAAGAGGGCGAAGCGUUUGCACGUGAAAAUGGUUUGGUUUUCAUGGAAACUUCAGCAAAAACGGCAGCAAAUGUUGAAGAAGCUUUUAUUGAUACGGCUAAAGAAAUAUAUAGGAAAAUUCAGGAGGGUGUUUUUGACAUCAAUAAUGAGGCAAAUGGAAUCAAACUUGGACCACAACAUUCGCCAAGCUCUCCAAAUGCUCCAGGUGGUGGUACUCCUUUAGGCCGAGCAAGCAAUUGCUGUGCUUGA